UUCAGAACUCAACUUUCCAACGCAUUUCUCACCGUGUUUCUCUGACAUCACCACCCAUCAACGGCGUACCUCCUCAUCCCCCUACACAUUCCACCCGCCUGCAAUAAUGUCCUCAGAGACCCCUCGCGAACUCUACAGCUACAAGACGUCAUGGCCGGUCUACGGGCUCAACUGGUCGCAGCGGCCGGGCACGUUCAGGAUGGGGUUGGGGAGCUUUGUGCCCGAUCGGUCGAAUAAGAUCAUGGUAAUCGAACUAGAAGACCGCGACGGCGACUUCGUCCGCGUCGACGAGAUAGAGCAGCAGUACCCGUGCACAAAACUGAUGUGGAGUCCUGACAAAUCAUCAACAUCCCCAGACCUCUUCGCAACAACCGGCGACUUCCUCCGCAUCUGGCAAAUGACCUCCUCAUCCGAUCCCGACCACGAGUCGCAGCGGCGGCGACGACCGCCUGGUGGACAGGUCAUUGCGCCUGUUGCUGUGUUGAAGAAUCAACGGAGGACUGAUUCGAGCGGACGAGAAUUCCACGCCCCGAUAACGUCCAUGGACUGGAAUGAGACGGAUCCGAGUAUGGUUAUCACGAGCAGUAUUGAUACCACGUGUACUAUUUGGGACAUCUCGACACAACAAGCGAAAACGCAGCUGAUCGCGCACGAUAGGGAGGUGUACGAUGUGGCGUUUUCGCGCGGGAGCGAUGUGUUUGCGAGUGUUGGGGCGGAUGGGUCGUUGAGGAUGUUCGAUUUACGAAAUCUCGAACAUUCCACAAUCCUCUAUGAAGCUGGCCCCGUUCCCUCCGAAUGCCGGAUCCCCAUCUCUCCUCCGUCUUCCUCAAAUUCCAACACAACAGAAAUCCUCCCCCUCCUCCGCCUCGCCUGGAACAAACAAGACCCGAGCUACAUCGCGACCUUCCAAACCGACUCCUCCGCGAUACUGGUGAUGGAUAUCCGCGUCCCGGCGAUACCCGUUGCGGAACUGAGGGGCCAUGCAAGCCUGGUGACGGCGGUGGGGUGGGCGCCGCAUUCGGGGGGGCAUUUGUGUAGUACUGGUGACGACAAACAAGCUCUGAUAUGGGACAUCUCCGCCCCAACCCCCACCUCAUCGAAACUCGCGUCCUCUCCAACAACCACCCCGUCAACGUCCGGCAACAACAAACACAUCAUAACAGACCCGAUCCUUGCCUACUCUGCCGACGAACCGAUCAGCCAAAUGAGCUGGUCCGCAGCGGCGCCGGAUUGGGUGGCAGUAUCCGCGGGCUGUGGUAUUCAAGCACUGAGGGUUUGAGCCGUGGGGAUGAGAGGAUUGGAGGGAGAUAUGUAAAGGAACGGGCGAACUGGAGCUGUGAACUUAUUUGGGCGAUGUUGCCCAUGGAUAUUAGCCCAUGAAGGAAAAGGUGUACAUCCGGGAGGGCAAAAGGAUGUGGGAAAUAACGAACUGGUGGGGCCAAGCCGUCGCGUAAAUGAGAAGUAUACCCUUUGUUGUGCAAUCUGUGUACAUAGUGCUUUGUUUCUAUUGGUCCAUCAAAACUUCGACGUCUGUCACCCAAUGAUGUUUCCAGUCCCCACAUUAAUCACGUUCGCAGGAAGAAGCGAUAAAGGCGUGGUUCCCUU